UGCACCAGCAGUUCUUAGCUCACGUCAGCUCACCAUCUCAACUCCGUGAGCUACUUCCUGCCUCUCCGGCGCGUCCUCCGCUUCCCAAUCUCCUCCUGUUAUCUGGUUUUCCUGCCAGUUAUUCGCAAUGGCUGCCGUGUCGCUUUCCUCCUCCCUCGGCAGCCUCGCUGGCGCUAAGCUGGCCGUCGCGCAGACUGUCACGUCAGCCAAGUCAUCCAGGGUCCAGGCUGUGCGCUGUGUCGCGGGACCUUCCGCAUCUUCCACCGGGAAGAGCGGGGAGGAAAAGAGCAUCUGGGAGAAGCUAGGAACCGGAGCCGCGGCAUUCGGUCUCGCCGCCGCGCUCCAACUGACUCCGUCAAUUGUUGACGGAGCUAAGGCUGACGAGUUUUCAGUCAUCCGGUCACCUCCGCCGCUCGAGUCGCACUAUUUUGACGAUGCUAACGUCCUGAGCCGAAUCACGCGGUCGGACAUUAAGAAGCUGCUAACUGAUUUGGAGGAGCGGACGGGUUACCACAUCGACGCUGUAACCCUCAGGAAGAUUGCGGGCAAGGGCGAUGUGUUUGAACUUGCCGACAAGAUCCUCGAGUCGUGGUACCCCACAGUGGAGGAGGGCGACAAGCGCGGCGUCGUUCUGCUGGUCACGUCGCAGAAGGAGGGGGCCGUUGCUGGCGGCCCCUCGUUCAUUGACACCGUCGGCGACGAGGUCUUCGAGGGCAUUGUCUCUGAGAAUCUCCCGGUCCUGGCCACGGAGGAGCGGUACAACGAGGCCAUGUACUCCACAGUGAGGCGCCUUGCAGCGCGUAUCAAUGGGGAGCCUGAUAUUCCGGGGCCCAAGUUCAACGACGCGAAGCGGGAAUCCAACUACAAGACGCGUGAGGAGACGGACUCGAAGCGCGGCCAAUUCACGACCGUGGUCGGCGGGCUUUUGGUUAUUGCGUUUGUGGUGCCCAUGCUGCAGUACUAUGCAUACGUGGCUAAGAAGUAAAAUAUGUGUGAGGGAGAGAUGCCCCUGGCGAACUGUCCUGAUGCUCCAGUACCAGUGUUACGACGCAUACCGUACGUUGCUAAGAAGCAAACAGAGUUACAGGGGUGGUGGAGAGACUCAGUUACAGUUGCAUGCUCAUUGACUGCUCUUUCUAUUUGUUAUUGUCUUGUGUUGUAAGUACAGUUUUGCCAAGCAGACAUUGUUGUACGGAGAUGGAAGAAACGAAGUGCCCUGCU